AUGUUGCAAUCAACAGAUGCUACCCUCAAUGAUCUCUUCGAAGAUUAUGCCGAGCAGGGUUUUCUCUCAGAUGGCCUUCCGCUAGCCAGGAUUUCAAACCCCUAUUACGAGACCUGGGAGGAUAUAGCCAGCCAACUCCCAACCCUCAUCCAAACAUGCCAAAUCCGCGAGAAAAUCGAUAAUAUGCCCGUCUGCACGACUGAGCAUCUUCAGACAGAACCAGAAUGGCGAAGAGCAUGUGUUAUCAUGGGGUAUCUCGCCCAUGCCUAUAUCUGGGGAGGGGAGACCCCAAAAGACGUGAGCACCCACGCACCCUUUCCUUUCCGUUCAAAGACGUUCCUAACAUCCAGUCAACAGAGACUGCCCCCCUCUAUCUCAAAACCAUUCCUUGAGAUAUCAGCCCACCUCGAGCUUCCUGCCUGCGCUACCUACGCCGGCCUCACACUAUGGAACUUCAUACCUUCCCACCCAGAAGCAGACAUCACAGACCCAGACAACCUCCACGUUCAAACCUCCUUUACCGGCACAAAAGAUGAGGAAUGGUUUAUGGUGAUCUCCGUCGCCGUUGAAGCCAAAGGCAUCAAGCUCAUCUCGUUGAUGCGGGACGCCUUCAAGUCAGUUACUGCCAACGACGUAGACCUACUCACUGCCCUCUUGUGCAGGUUCGCCGACGGUUUGUGUGACCUCACAUUGACUCUGAAAAGGAUGUACGAGCAUAACAAGCCGACUGUCUUCUUCCACCAGCUGCGGCCGUUCUUGGCUGGCAGUAAGAAUAUGGGUCAUGCUGGUCUUCCCAAUGGUGUGUAUUAUGAUAUUGGUGAUAGCGAUGGAGUGGAACGACCGGAAAAUUGGCUCCAGUUGAGUGGUGGGAGUAAUGCACAGAGCUCGCUGAUUCAAGCACUUGAUAUUUUCCUUGGUAUUAAGCACUCUGCGACGGAUGGGAAGCAGGCUUGUGGUCCGAGUUUUAUUCAGCAAAUGCGAGACUACAUGCCUGGUCCACAUAGACGCUUUCUUGAAGAGCUAUCUGAUCGAGCUAACGUUCGUCCGUUUAUACUGGACUCGCCGGUUCAGCCGCUGAAGGAUGCAUACAACGCCGCUGUGAAUGAGCUCAAAGCUUUCCGUGAUACACACAUCCAGAUGGUCACUCGAUACAUUAUCAUGGCGUCGAGGCAGCCUAAUCCAGUUGAACAGGGGAAAGGCAAAAUGAAUCUAGCCACGGCCAGCUCUCAAAUGAAAGAAGGAGGCGCGAAGACUAAGCUUGCUGGGACUGGUGGUACGGAUCUGAUACCCUUCCUGAAAAAGACCAGAGAUACGGUUCAAGAUGCCAAGUGCUAG